UUUUCAUCAUGGUAUGAUCGUUGAACAAACUAGUGACUGUCAAAAAGUGCACCCGUUACCCUACGGCCCCGCCAUCUUUGUUUGGCUGGCACUCGAUGAAUGUUGCAACCCGCCUCGGCGCGUGUUGCGCGCGACAACAAACAAACGUCAAAGCGCAACAGAUGCAUCAGCGGAGGAAAACAUAAAUAAUGCAUCGCGAAUUCUCUCACACGAAAAAGGCAAUCCCAGUGACGAGGACGACGAUGGUGGUGAUGUGAGCGUACGCGUUUUCUUUCCGCUUAAUUGCUUGUUUUUUCGCUAAUCUGUGUCGCUUAACUCGCGGAAGGUGCCAAAUACGAGCGAUUGGCCGGAGCAAGCCAAAUGAUUAGCCGAAAAAGGAGGAUGCCACUGGCCAACGCAAGUGCACUGAACUGUUGACCUCCGGGGAAGAUUGAGCGAAGAGAGAGAAAAAUGCACGGAAAAGGUCAAAAUCAGCUCGGGGAAACGACCACGACGGAUGGAUCGACGGUGAGUGUCGUGGUCAAACCGGCGAUCGAUUUCCUGACGCGCACCGACGAGGGGAAUUUCACCGUGACGAACACGGACAUUGUCUGGACGGUGGUUUCGAUUCUGAGCCGAAUCAUCAGCAUCCUGUUGAACAUCAACCUGGCGAUCGAUUACUACCGGAAGGGCAAGCAUGACUACUUCAUCUGGACCAUGUGCGGCAUUCUGGUGCCGGCAGUGAUCACCAGCACGCUAUCCGUGUACAUGUACCUGGAGGACAUGAAGGAGCAAAAGCGCGUCCGCAAGCGGUGCUGUGAAAUUCUCACCUUCAUCAUCGUCGUCCCGUUCUUCUUCCGGUACUGUCAAUCGCUGGCUUACGCCAUCCAGAGCAAGAUCGCCGAAGCCCGGAACGAUCGGGAUGCGCAGAAGAAGUACUACGAGUUUAUGAUCCAGGAGGACAGCGACGUCGCGUUGGUGCGAAUUUUCGAAUGUCUGCUGGAGGCGGCUCCGCAGAAGAUCCUCCAGCUCACGAUCAUCUUGUCCGGGGAGGACGGGAUGGUGUGGCCCCAGCUGCUCGCGAUCCUCGGCUCGAUCGUCGGCAUCGCCUGGUGUAUGGCCUCGUACUACCGCUGCAAUCGGUUCUCCCAGCCGGACAAACGGCACGUAACGUGGCUCGGGACGAUCUCGCAGAUCCUGUGGCACUUUUCGGUGACCAUCUCGCGCAUCCUGGCGAUCGCCAUCGUCGCCAGUCUGUUUCCACGGUACACGCUCUUCGCCUGCCUGGCGCACUCCCUAACCAUGACACUUUGGAUAUUCUUCUUCGACCGGUCGCCGUUCUGCAGCGAAACGAUGCUGCACAGCUUCCUGUUUUCGCUCGUGCUCGGCGUGGUGUUCAUCUUCACGUACAUCCUGCCCCGCGUUGGUCGGACCUUCUACCGGUAUCUCAUCUACUACAGCCUGUGCGGCGUCGAGAACCUGGUCUGCGUGCUCAUCUACUUCCUGUACGUGCGCAAUCCGAUCAUAAUCAACUCGCGCUUCUACCUGCCGCUGCUGUGCGUGGCCCCGAUCGGUCCGUUCGUGUUUGGGAUCGGGUGCUUGGUCGUGUACUAUCAGCACUUUCACCCGAACAUCUGGUCCAGGCGGAGGAAGCGGUCGGGAGCGGCCGCGGCAACGGAUGGGGAGAGCAGUGCGAGCGGCUCCCAGACAGAGGCUUCCGUAGGGAACACCAAGGAUUGAAGUUUACCAGCAGUAAUUAACGUUUGAGACAUUUAUUAGAAUUAAUGGUUAGUGUAAGUAGGCCAGUUUAGGUUUGAGGAAGGAGAUGUGAACCGUCCCGUUUUGUUUUGUUCGUGUUGUGGCGGAAGGAAAAUUAGCUAGACUGACUCAGAUGAAAUUUACUACUUAUUUUAUUUUUUCCGAACUACAUUGUUUACAGAGAUGAUCUUCACUAUAUUACAUUUAGGUUGAACGUGAAAUAUACAAGCAUGCAUAUCGUUUGAAGAUAAGACUAAAUUUCCUGUUGUAAUCCGAACGUUUCCUUGCUUUCAUUGCAGUUCAUAAAUAAAACAAAUUAUUCAUAUCGUAGACGCAACCGGGCAGAAGCACCAGCUCGCUUAUCACCCCGUAGUUCGAUUACUGUUCAUCAAUCUCAUUCUUGGGAACACAGCGGCUACUUAAAAGAAUGCAAGUUCUACAGAGUAAAAUCAUGCGGCCAAUCCUCAGAUGUGAUCGACUGUUGCAGUGGAUGUCGUUGAAACAACAAAUCGAGUAUAACACUCUUGUUUUAAUUUUUCUUAUUAAGGAAAGGAUGAUAACACAAUUCUUGACGGAAGCCAUGAGUAUGACACAAGAGGAGCUGACGAUCUCAGACUGCAGAACCGCUCUUUUUAAAGGAUUUAAACUUUACAACCAGUUUCAAGAGGAUGCAAAGACGACAAUCAACAUCAACGAGCCGUUGAAAUAGAAGGGACCCACGAUGGUACUGUGAGGAAGAGCACGACAUGGGAUCACUCUGGGCCGCAUAUGAUAAAUCUGAUCAAAAGUAACGCGAAUCUGGGCGCGGUUUAACCCUAUGUGCUCAUAUGCGUGUGGAAUAACAAACGGUUUCAAUACCCUAAAUGGAUAAAUAAUUGCUGCAUUCUGAUCUGUUUGAGCGCCUUGUGAUGAGGUAAGAGAGAUAUGGAUACACGGAAGUAGAGUUAGGAUUGCAGGACACUCUCAAAACACGAACGAAGAAUUAUUGCUUAUUUUUCUUGUAAUUUCGGUUUGUCUCAACAAAGAAAUAAGCGUUUGAAAUCUCACACUCUAUUCUGCACACUGUUCCUUCGACUAAAACGUAGUCCUACGCCAAAGGUCAACAAAAUCAGUCAUUCUCUGUGCCACAACAUCUUAUCAAACGCGCGCUUCACGCUGCAUUCUCACCCCAGCUUGAAUCAACAAGUGUGUGUAUAGAAGGCAUGCAUGUGUCUAUGUGUGCGCAUGUUGCUUCCACUAUCAGCAGAACCUGCUCUGCUGGUUCCGUGCAGUAUUAAUCGGAACGUCGUCGUCGAAGGAACGCGAAGAAAUCGUCGUGGUACUCGUGCGAGCUGAUGAUUUGUCGUUAGUUUUGAUAUCUCGUGGUAAUUGUUGAAAUUAGAAGAAUAGUUUGGAAAGCUUCAAGCAAAGUGACUUAGAUUUACUGAAAGCAAAGCUGUGUAGGUUCACUUGUUUCCAUUCAAGCGAACGUGUGAAUGUUGCCAAGACACUCGGCUUUGAAUGAAUUUGUGAGCAGUGGAUUAACCACCCCACGAGUUCAUCGUGUCAAAGUGACUUAAGUGUGUAUUAAUAGGCGCACGUUCAUCGAAGUUAUUUCUUGCAGUACGAUUUUCAAAACAAACUUUUCUCUUUGCCAUUCAAAACAAAACGAAACCCUAAAUUGGUAGAAAUUUGCGUGAAUUUACGAGCCCCUCCGAACGCUAUUUGUUUGUCAAAUAAACAAUAUUUGCUUACGUUGCUGAUAACG